UUGACAAGUUUUGUUGAAAAUGGAAAAGCCCUAUUGAAACUCGCUGAACAGGAGAGCAAAGAGGGUAGGUUGUGUACUAGACUACAGCUAGGGCUAGAGCUAUCAAAUCUAUUAAAGAUUCAUGAUUAAUUCCUGUUCAAUAUGGACAAUACGUAGAAGGCUAUUGAGCUGUUGGAAAAUGGCAACAGUAAGUUAAAGUCAGCCAUGUGCUAAAAAUAGGUUAUUACAGUUGUUUAAAUAAACAUGUAUAUCACAGCUGCAUGUAUUUAAUUUAUAGGACUGCUGCAAGACUACAUCAGGAAGAAGAUCAGUAUUGAACUGGACCAAUCACUACUGGGACUUAUUCCAGCAGGGGCAAGGUUAUUCACAAGGUUCUGUUUUACAUUAACAAGUGAAUAAACCUUUACAAUCCGUUAGAAGCACGUCUGUGCCAUCAAACUGACUCAGUCUUUCAGGCACUGAAAAUAUACUCAGGAAAUGACGCAACAUCUAGCCUAUAUAGAUUCAAUGAUUAUUAUUGGAAAUGACUACCAAAUAUGUUUGCAAACAAUGAAAGACAUUGAUUAUUAUACACCACCAGCCUGUCUGUAAAGAUGAAAAAGGAUGCUGAUGAACUAUGGAAGAGAAGCUACCAGUAAGACAUAUAGCAGAUCUAUGUUUCCUAAUCAAAACCAUUUACUUUGAAUGUAAACACCUUUGUGAGAUCAACUUUAUUAGAGUCAAUGUCUUUAGUAAUAAUUAACUGUUUAUCUCAUUAGAUUAACCUUUGAACAGCUCAUACAGAAGUUACACAGAUUCCCUAUGUUUGAUAUUACUUGCAUGAUUUUGUGUAAAAUCUCUUGUGUAUUAACUUAGCAGGUUAGCGUUUUUUCUUGUUCUUGAGGCCGCUACCUUGCAUUAACUUAUCACUUCCUUCCUCCGACAUCCACUGGAUGUGCUUGGUAAUAGGUGCAAUGGGAUGGUUUUCUGGAGUAGUUGGACAAGGAGCUACAUCUGGGUGAUAAAAUCUUUGGUCAAGAGCCACAAG